AGAAACGUCAAACCUCGUCAGAACGAAGAAAAAAGCAAAAUGCUGCCCGUAAUGUUGCUGGAAUAGUUUUUCGCCAGCAAACAAACGCGAAUAUUUCGGUGAAAAUCAUCGCGUUUCGCCGUAAAACAGUGUUCUUUCGAUAGUGAUCAACACGUUAACUGCCGAGAGCAUCGUAGUAAAUAAAAUAUCGAUCGUUUCUGCGUGGAAUUCUUGGAUUAGGAAAGCAAUCGAACAACCCAACAGCCAGCCAAAAUGGCGAUGUCCAAGACGACCAACACGUACAAUCGUCAGAAUUGGGAAGAUUCCGAAUUUCCCGUCCUCUGCCAGACGUGUCUGGGCGAUAACCCGUACGUUCGAAUGAUCAAGGAACGCUACGGCAAGGAAUGUAAAAUCUGCACCCGUCCGUUCACAAUCUUCCGGUGGUGUCCGGGAGCGCGGAUGCGCUUCAAGAAAACUGAAAUCUGCCAGACUUGCAGCAAACUGAAAAACGUCUGCCAAACCUGUCUGUUGGAUCUGGAGUACGGUCUUCCGACGCAGGUGCGGGAUGCGGCGCUCAAGAUCCAGGACAAGAUUCCCGAGAGCGAUGUGAACAAGGAGUACUAUAUUCAGACGAUUGAGGCCCAGCUGAAGGCCGGAGGAGACAAUACGGUUGCGGCCGGGACUGUGGGCAAAUCGCUGGCCGCCAGUGAUAUGUUGGCCAAGUUGGCGCGAACUGCCCCGUACUACAAGCGAAAUCUACCGCAUAUUUGUUCGUUCUGGGUGAAAGGCGAGUGCAAGCGAGGUGAGGAGUGUCCUUACCGGCAUGACAAACCCGUAGAACCGGAUGAUCCAUUGUCGGAACAGAAUAUCAGAGAUCGUUACUACGGACGAAACGAUCCGGUUGCGGAUAAGUUGAUGAAGCGAGCAGCGUCGAUUCCGACGCUGGAACCACCGGAGGACAAGACGAUCACCACACUGUACGUGGGUAAUCUCGGAGAGCACCUGACCGAAGUGGAUAUCCGUGACAACUUCUACCACUACGGAGAAAUCCGAUCCGUAUCGCUGGUGCCCCGUCAGCAGUGUGCUUUCGUGCAGUACACGAAACGUGCCGCUGCGGAACUGGCCGCCGAAAAAACCUUCAACAAGUUGGUUCUCGGUGGCAAGAAGCUCACCAUCAAAUGGGCCCACUCGCAAGCCAAAUCCACAGCCUAUGCUCAGAGUUCGGUGCCUCGAACCAGUCGGAUAUUCGAUCCGGUUCCGGGUCUCCCCGGUCAACUGCCAAUGCCACCAAAUCCCAACGACUACUUCAACCUUCAGGCGUCGGAAAUGGCCGUCCUGCCGGCGGGUAUGAAGAUUCACCAGUUGCCACCGGGACUGAUUCCCGGGGCGCCCAGCAUGUACCAACCUUCAGGGUCGGGAACGACGGGACCGGCGGCGGCAGCGGCAGCCGUGGCCGCAGCUCACUCGCAGCAGCAGGUUAUGGUGCCGUCCACGUUGCCCAAUCCGGGACAGAUGCACUACCCCAGUCAGGAUCCGGCGCGGUUGGGAGCGUUGAAGAAGUAAGUUAGCGUGUGGGUGGGAGUGGGCGUGAGUGUUGUAUAUUGAGUGGGACCGGUAUGAUUAUUAAUAAAGGCAUUCAAGAUAGAGAA